AUGUUCAGGGCUAUUUCUUCAUCCACGUUAAAGACCAGGGUGGUGACACCCGUGGUCCAGGUGACGCUCCCGCCGUUGCCCGAGACCCGGCGCUUCAAGUACACGGCAACGUCGUUCGUGCCAUCCGCGCCAAAGGAACAGCAGCUCUUCCGCAAGAUUUCAGAGUUCAAAGAUAAGAACGAGCUCUCGGACUACAGACGCCACUCGCUGCCACUUGAAAAGACCGCCAUGGCGUUUGACGAGUGCUGCCUGGCCAAGUUCAACCCGCGCCACCCGGCGCAGCACCAGCAGCAGCCGUUAUUUGCGACGCUCACGCGCGCGAUGGGACUCUACCGCCAGAUCCUCCCGACGUCGCAGAUGCAGCACCGCAGAGUAUCUGACCUCCUCCACUUGAUCGCCACCGCGAUGAAGUGCAACAUUUCAACCAAGUUGGUGUUGAAGAAGAAGGCGGACAACGACGCCAGGUCUGUCACAGAGCAAAACGACAAGAUUGUGAUUACCGCACUCCAGGAGAUCUGUAAUGACGCGCUCGAGAACAAAGUCUCGCUCAACUCGCACGCCAUCUCCGUCAUUAUCUCGCUCUAUGAGCGCCUCCACCGGGCAGAGGACGGGCUUCGUUUCUGGAACAACGCCAGACAGAACGAUGAGGAUGUCAUGAAGUACAUGUCGGGGAAUGUGGUCGGACGCAUUCUUCCGUUUUUGGCAACCUAUACCGACGAGCCGUUCGAGGCGAUCCAGGACUUGUACCACCGCUCACGCGACCUCAGUGGCGAUUCCCCAGCGUUAUCUGUCGGUAUGAUCUCGGUCUGCCUUAAGCACGACCAGGUGGAGGAGGCGUUGAACUUGUUCGAGGGACUUGUGGCGUCCAUGGACCCUGCCGACGUCACCGGUAACGCGUACCUCUACCGUGCCCACAAUGAGUUUAUCUGUUCGUGCACCGACCUUAGUGUUGCGGAAAUCUUCCUCGACAAGGCGCUUUCUGGAGGAAUGCCAUACACUACUAAGAUCAACGCCUCCACGGCACGUGACUACAUCGAGCGCCUCUGGGAAAAGACUCGUAACUUUGCCAAGGUCAGGGAGACCUGGGAAAAGGUGUGGAGGUUCUACGUCAAGACCAACGAAGAUGAUAUCAACGAUGGGGCAAUCUCUGGAUCGUGGAACCACACGUUUAUGACUGUGUUUUUCGAGCAGUAUCCCGAGUUUUCCCAGGAGUCGUUCAUGACGUUAAAGGACGUGAUCAGAACCUACAGUGAGAUUAAGAUGAUUGAUGAGCCGUUUUUGAACGUGAUCUUGACAUUUGCGCCCCGCUGGAAGCAGCCCCAGGUAAUCGAGUCCAUCAACCAGGCCUACGAUAUCUACAACAUAACCCGCUCCCAGAUUUCCCACCGCACGUACCUCAAGGCUAUGGGCGCCAUCGACGUCCCUGACUCUAAAAUCGUGGAUGCCUGGACUCAGCUCGUGUUGUUAGACGACCAGCAGGGCUACAAAUACAUCUCCCGCGUGGAUGUCAAGGCGCUCAAGGACGCCACGAUUUACUCCGAAAGUUUCUCCGAAGCCCGCGCCGAUGUUUUCUUCCAGAUCUUCAAGGCCUAUGGCUCCCUCUGCCGCAACGCCCACGACUAUGCCAUCAUGGUCAAGGAUGAUAUUCACUUUAACCCCGCGUUACGCGAGCGCUACGCCGGUUUGACGCUGUUGAGUGUCGCCGAGCUUGUGGUUCCGCAGUUUAAGAACCUCCGCUCGUUCAACCAGAAAAAGUAA